GCGGAGGGGGAGGCGGGGAAGCCUUGACGUCGCUGCCCGGGACGCGGCCGGGGGCCGAUAGGGGCUGGGGCGGCCGCCUGCGCGCCCCCUCCCCAAAGUCCCACCUCCCGGCCGCGGCGGGGAAAGUCUCUCCGAAAGCGUGAAGGGGGAUUGGAGGAGGUUUUAUUUCCCUUUGUGCCGGUGGCUGGGGCCGGAUCGAGGCGGCCGGGCCGGGGGCUGCGGAACCCGGGCUCCCCCCGGAGCGGAGAGGAGCGCAACAAAGGAUGCGCCGCGCGGAGGUCACCCUCCCCGCGGCCCAACUUUGCGCGCGGCGCCCGCGCCCCGAGGGAGACCGCCCGCGGCGCUGAGGACCCAGGCGUCGGUGCUGAGCCGGGCUGGGGGCGCCCGCGGGCGGCGCUUUCCCCGACUCCCGGCCGCAGAAGGGAAUCCCGGAGCUUCCCGGAGGCGGCGGGCGGCCGAGCCGCGCACUGGGACCGCGCUUCCCGCGGAAACUCCGCGCGCUUCCGCGGAUGCCCCUCGCCCUGGCCCGACCACCCGGCGCUCGGCGCUCAGGGCCCUGCGGGGCGCCCCCUUCCCCCGCCGCCCUUGCGGAGCCGGGCUCAGGUGGACUUUUGCUCUGCUUCUUCCUCUUCUUACCCUUCCCGGUCUCCUUCCUUUCUGCCCUUUCUAGCGCCUUCCGAGCCCAGCCGAGGGACACACCUGAUCUUUUUCCUCCCCCUCCCUUCCUCCUCCCACGCCUCCUCCUCCCCCUCCUCCUGGUCCCCCUUCUCCCUGGGGACUCUGCGGAGAAAGGGGUGCAGGAAGGGGGCAUGUGGGUCCCCCUCUGACAGUGGCCAGGUCUGGCGCGACACACGCACAGAUGGCCCGGUGGCUGCGGGACUACCUGGGCUUCGGCGGUCGGAGGCCCCCUCCGCAGCCGCCCGCCCCGGACUACACCGAGAGCGACAUCCUGAGGGCCUACCGCGAGCAGAAGAAUCUGGACUUCGAGGACCCCUAUGAAGACUCAGACAGCCGCCUGGACCCCGACCCCGCCGGCCCCGGGGACCCCAAGGGUCUCGGAGACGCGAAGUACGACUCUCCCAAGCACCGGCUCAUCAAGGUGGAGGCCGCCGACAUGGCCAGAGCCAAGGUCUUGCUGGGCAGCCCCGGGGAAGAGCUGGAGCUCGACACGGAGUACUCAGACCCCUUUGACGCCCAGCCUCCCCCGCCACCUUCAGAGGAUGGCUACAUGGAGCCCUAUGACGCCCAGCGGGCUGUGAGCGAACUGCCAUGCAAGGGGGUGCAGCUGUACGACACUCCCUAUGAGGAGCAAGACCAAGAGCCAGGAGAUGGAGCCCUUUCCGGAAGGAGACCUCGCCAGAGCCGGCUGCCUCAAGAAGACGAGCGGCCAGCGGAUGAGUAUGACCAGCCCUGGGAGUGGAAGAAAGAUCACAUCUCCAAGGCGUUUGCAGUGCAGUUUGACAGUCCCGAGUGGGAAAGGACCGCAGGUUCAGCCAAAGACCUCCGGAGACCCCCAUCCAGGAGCCCCCAGCCCGCAGAGCGCGUGGACCCGGCCCUACCCCUGGAGAAACAGCCGUGGUUUCACGGCCCACUGAGCCGGGCAGAUGCCGAGAACCUCCUGUCUCUCUGCAAGGCAGGCAGCUACCUCGUGCGGCUCAGCGAGACCAGUCCCCAGGACUGCUCCCUGUCCCUCAGGAGCAGCCAGAGCUUCCUGCACCUGAAGUUCGCGCGGACCCGAGAGAACCAGUUCGUGCUGGGUCAGCACAGCGGCCCCUUCGCCAGCGUGCCAGAGCUGGUCCUGCAUUACAGCUCCCGGCCGCUGCCUGUGCAGGGCGCCGAGCACCUUGCCCUGCUGUACCCAGUGGUCACGCAGAACCCCUGACCCCAGCACCUUCAGCCCCUGCCUGCACCCGGCGGGCCCAGAAUCACUGGCUGCGAGCACUAGAGGUCUUUCCAGAGACUCGCCGCCCCUCCAGGCCCUGGGUCUUCCUCAGCGCUGCCUUCUUGGUCCUCCUCUCUUAGGUGCUAAGGUCCAGAAUUGUGUCGCCAAGCACUUCUCUGGCCUGGAAAAUAAAUAAGUUAUUGUGUGUUUCAA